AUGGAUUCAAUGAAGGAUGCAUAUGGCAACUUUGAUUCGCAGCAAUGGAGCAAGGAAGGGAACGAUGCAUCCGUGAAAUGCAGUAAUGUUGGAUCUGGGGGUUUUGUUGACUACACGAGUCAAUUUAUUACUAAUGAGGUUUUCAAGAGCAAAGGAGAAUUACUUGGUUGGGUACGGAAUGUUGGAAGGAAAAAUGGGUUUGUGAUUGUCAUCAAGACAUCAGACUAUGGUAGUGGUCAUAGGACACCAAGGAUCUUUCUUGCCUGUGAGAGAAGUGGUCAAUACCGUGCUCAUAAGAAAUUAGAAGGAGAUGAUUCGAGCAAAAAAAUUGUGAAGAUAACGGGUACAAAGAAAUGCGGGUGUCCCUUUGAGUUAAGGGCUCGUAAGUUGAUGGCUGAUGAUGAUUGGAUGGUAGAUGUAGCAUGUGGAAUGCAUAACCAUGCUCCUGCUAAACAUUUUGAAGGACAUUCAUUUGCAGGGAGAUUAUCUAAGGAGGAAACAUCAUUAUUAGUGGAUAUGUCCAAAAGCAUGGUUAGACCGAAAGAGAUUUUGGUUACAUCGAAACGAAAGGAUGCUUUGAAUGUAACCACUAUGAAAACCAUUUACAAUGUACGUCAUAGGAAUAAUGUUAUUGAGAAAGCUGGGAGAUCACAAAUGCAACAUUUGUUGGGUGAGUUAGAAAAGCAUAAUUACAUUGAGUGGCAUAGGUGUGCCAACAACACGAUGAUUGUCACAGACUUGUUUUGGGCAUAUCCUGUCAGUUUAGAUUUGUUCCGUUCAUUUCCAAAGGUGUUGAUCAUGGACUGCACAUAUAAGACAAAUUGA